GAGACCGGCUCUCUCCCUCUCUCUCUCCGGGUCUCUCCCUCUGCCUUCUCUCUCGCACGCCCACCUACAGAUUAAGGUGUCCGACUCAAUAUAAAACUUGGUAGAUAUAUGUAGAUAUAAAAGUGUCCGACUCAAUAUAACUACGAUAGACUUGAGCCGCCCAAAAUCAAAUGAACACUACGGUGGCCUAUGGAGCUGUAAGCCCAGCCGUCCCACCAUGGCUGAACAAGGGCGACAACGCAUGGCAAAUGACGGCAUCCACUCUCGUGGGCAUCCAGAGCAUGCCAGGCCUGGUCAUCCUGUACGCCAGCAUCGUCAAGAAGAAAUGGGCGGUCAACUCGGCCUUCAUGGCCCUCUAUGCCUUCGCCGCUGUCCUCAUCUGCUGGGUUCUUGUCUGCUACCGCAUGGCCUUCGGCGAUCAACUCCUUCCCUUCUGGGGCAAGGGCGCCCCGGCUCUAGGCCAAAAAUUCCUCGUCAACAGAGCCAAAAUCCCCGAGAGUAACCACACGAGGGACGGCACGUACGAGACGAUUGAGCCCUUUUAUCCCAUGGCCACGCUCGUUUACUUCCAAUUCACUUUUGCUGCUAUUACCAUGAUUCUACUUGCUGGGUCUGUUCUUGGGCGCAUGAACAUCAAGGCUUGGAUGGCUUUUGUCCCUCUUUGGCUUGUAUUCUCCUAUACUGUGGGAGCCUUCAGUCUCUGGGGCGGUGGGUUUCUGUACCACUGGGGUGUCAUCGAUUACUCGGGCGGCUACGUCAUCCAUCUUUCCUCGGGAAUUGCCGGUUUCACCGCCGCUUAUUGGGUUGGCCCGAGGCUAAAGAGCGAUAAAGAGAGGUUUCCUCCUAACAACGUCUUGCUCAUGCUUGCGGGUGCUGGGCUGCUGUGGAUGGGCUGGUCAGGUUUCAAUGGUGGGGCACCAUACGCGGCAAACAUCGACGCUUCAAUAGCGGUUUUAAACACCAACAUAUGCGCGGCGACUAGUCUUCUUGUGUGGACUUCAUUGGACGUCGUCUUCUUUGGGAAGCCUUCGGUGAUCGGAGCUGUUCAGGGGAUGAUGACGGGGCUCGUUUGCAUUACUCCUGGAGCAGGGUUGGUGCAAUCGUGGGCGGCUAUAGUUAUGGGAAUGCUUUCUGGUAGCAUUCCAUGGGUGUCCAUGAUGGUCCUUCACAAAAAGUCUACUCUGCUACAAAAGGUGGAUGACACCUUAGGUGUAUUUCACACGCACGCAGUGGCGGGGCUAUUAGGAGGGCUCCUCACUGGUCUUUUCGCUGAGCCAGAGCUGUGUGCACUCAUACUCCCCUUGAGCAACACAAGGGGUGCGUUUUAUGGGGGAAGUGGUGGGAAGCAAUUCUUCAAGCAACUGGUUGCAGCCAUGUUUGUUGCCGGUUGGAACUUGGUGUCCACGACAUUAAUUCUUCUGGGCAUAAGGUUGUUUAUUCCAUUAAGGAUGCCCGACGAGGACCUGGCGAUUGGAGAUGAUGCCGUGCAUGGAGAGGAGGCUUAUGCCCUUUGGGGAGAUGGGGAAAAGUAUGACCCAACAAAGCAUGGUUGGAAUACAUCAAUGUACGCGCAGGACAUAACAGUACCAUCUCCAUAUGUCGCUGACGCAAGAGGAGUGACCAUCAACUUGUAAGCCUACCGUAGGGUUCUAUAUACAUACAUAUAGAUAUGUGUGUGUGUGACCAUCAAGUAGUACUUGUACUACAAUUUUUUAUCGAUCAUAAUUUGAGGUACAAUUAUUUUGCGUAAUAUUUAAUACAUGAUGUUCC